AUUCCGUGAUUUCUAAAAAAAAUGAUUGGAAGUUUCCAAUCACAUUCCUGGAUUGCCAUACGUUCGUGCCACGAGAAAUACAUCUAAUGCAUUAAAAAAAGGUAUAUUUGACCUCUCGCUACAUACGACUAUAGCGUGCGUUAAUAAUUUGUGUACAAUAUACCGACGGCGCGUUGUACGAAACAAACUUUCACCGCGAGCAAUACCAAAUCUCGAUAGAAAAUUUUACGCGAUAUAGACAGUAAUUGUGUACCUAACCUUAUCGCGCCCACAAACUCAUUAAACGCUUGCCGCGUAAGCACAAUAUGUUUAACUUAAAUCGGGGAAAAUAUUUAAUAUUUCGUGAGGUUUGGGGUUCCGUGUGUUCAACAACGUAUCGGAAGAUCAAUUGAGCAUGUUUAGAAGAGCUUAUAUACGUUACAAACCCCUCGGAGAUACCUGUAAGUACCGACGCUUGGGGUCCGCCACUGCCAAGCAUUUCUCAACAGCUUAUUGGUGUUCCUUGCGUAUGGAGUACGGGUAACACUAUCCGUGGCCAUAGUGGCCAUGACGGAUCCGUUUGCAAGUAGCAACCCUAAUGUGCGGACUUAUCCAGAAUGGACGGACAAAAGCGUAGUACUGUCAGCAUUUUUCUGGGGCUACGUCAUCCCGCAAAUAUUCGCCGGAUGGCUAGCCGGCCAGUACGGCCCAAAAUGGUUUUUAAUAGGUUCUAUGGGGCUAUGUUCUCUAAUGAGCAUUUUAAUCCCAUCUAUGGCCGAGCUGAUGGGCUCCAAAGGAGUCAUGGCCGGAAGGGUCAUUCAAGGUUUCAGUCAGGGAUUCUUCUUUCCAUCGGUUCACCACGUCAUCAGUCAGUGGGUGCCUCCCGACGAGAGAUCUCGAAUGGGUACCAUUAUAUAUGCAGCUGGUCCAUUGGGUACCGUGAUUUCCAUGUUAGUUUCCGGAGCGAUAUCCGCCAGUAGUCUAGGUUGGCCCUGGGUGUUCUAUAUCUACGGCGUCGCAGGAUUGGUUUGGUGCGUCCUCAGCUUCAUUUUCAGUGCGAAUAGUCCAGCCGUUCAUCCAAAUAUAAGCGACGCCGAAAAGUUUUACAUCGAAAACAGUUUGGGACACGCUGAUGAAAAACCGAGACACAAGACUCCGUGGAAAGCAAUUUUGAAAUCCGCUCCAGUCUGGGCGAUAGUUAUAACUCAGACGGGACAAAAUUUGGGCUUUUGGACCCUAAUGACAGAGAUUCCAAACUAUAUGAGUCACGUUAUGAGUUUUGACAUCAAAUCGAAUAGCAUAUUGUCCGCCCUACCGUACUUUGUACUGUGGAUUUUGAGUUUCAUCAUGUGUUUUGCGUCAGAUUGGCUGGUGAACAGAGGACUUCUGAGUAGAGGGGCUACGAGGAAGUUGUUCAAUACAAUAGGUUUGGUAAUACCCGCAAUAGCAUUGAUCUUCUUGGGCUAUACCCCUACGGACCAGCCCAAGAGAGCAGUGGCGUUUCUGGUAAUCGCAGUGGGAUUCAAUUCGGGAGUUUACUGCGGAUACAACGUCAACCAUGUUGAUCUCUCUCCUAACCACGCGAGCACGCUUAUGGGCAUCAGCAACGGGCUAUCCAAUAUAUCCGGCAUAUUGGCCCCCUUGCUUGUCCAGUUUCUAGUCACCGACGAGACUGAUCCAGAUCAAUGGAAGAUAAUAUUCUUCGUGACUUCGGGUGUCUACGUGAUAGCCGAUAUAGUAUUUAUAAUAUUUGGUUCCGGAGACAUACAAACUUGGAACGAAGACCCCAAAGAAGAGAAAGGUGCAAAAUCUCCUUAGUCUUCGGGUCAGCAAGUGGUCGAAUAUAAACUCACUGUGAUAAUACAUUCCCAAAACUACCAUCGAAGUUAAAUUGGGUUUUCUGUUAAGAAUAACUCCUAGGCUGAGUGUUUUUCUCAGCAGUAUGUCGCCAACUCCACCGUGUGGGGAUAGACUACUUUUUCAAUGUAACUAAAUCACGAAAACAAUGUUUUUGUGAGGCUAUUUUUUUGAAAUAUUUAUAAUAAACAACGCUUAUUUGCCUUUUUAUUAAUAAUAAUGUAUAUAGCAGAAAUAUACACAGUUUACACGAAACACUUGUCAUUUAUGGUGGCCCAUUUUUGAGAAAAAAGUCACCAAUUAUUUUGUAAUAACCAAUCUAUAUAAGCGACUGUAGAUAAAUAUUUGAGAAACAGAUGAUGAUUUGGAAGUCGUAGAAAAUAUAUUUGUUUGCUUUACCAGCAUGGAGGAAAUCCUGAGCAAAAUAAUUGUUGCCAUGCUAUAUUCGAAUUCGGAUCUGUUUCUAUGAUGCAAUUGUUCAACUAUUAAAUAUUAGUUACUGUUAAAAUAUUCAACGAAAUUUCCAAUGGCAUAUACUUAAUAAAACAAUGUUCUCGAAUCAAAA